CUACGCACGUAAGGCGAAGCGCUGCCUACCCCGGACGUGCGUGCAUCGGAGUUUAGGUUGCACGCAUCUGCAACUGGCAGAUCAUUGGUGCCAUGUUCGCAAACACAACAAAUCAUUCUUCGGGUGAUGGAGAUGGCCUUGCUGGACCGUCCGAUCAACACUCUCCACCAUUGUCGGCCGGCCAAACCGCUCACCAGCAGCGCAUCCGCCGAAGAAACAGAUUGAUCACUUCCUGUCUUGAGUGCCGUCGACGGAAAUUGAAAUGCGACAAGACCAGCCCUUGCGCAAACUGUGUGAAAUUCAACCGCGAUUGUUUGUUCCUUGCUCCCGCACUCGAUCAUGCCUCACAAGCAAAGAUUGCGGAGAUCAAGGAGAAGAUGGGAACGCUGGAGAGGACCUUGGAAGAGGACGUCGCCCGGAAACGAGCAAUCAAGCGUGAGAUGUCAACGGGCGACCAUAUUCCCGGCCAGGACCAAAGCAGUGAUGAAGAGGGAACACCUCCCGAGGACGAGAAGGACCUUGAAAUUAAUACGCUCGCUCUCGAUAAUGUCGUCUACGGUGGUGAGCCAGACGAUGACGUCCAGGAUCUUGGCAUCCUCAUUGGCAAAAUGAGAAUCACUGACAGGGUUGGUGGUUAUUUCAGACCAAAGAUGUAUGAAGAGAUGGCUGACACCUUGAGACGCCUCACUGGAAUCGAUACCGAGGAAGUGCCACCAGCAAUGCGUGAUACCUCUGGCAGUCUGGUCGCCAGUGAAUAUGUCCCUCCAAACUCUAGCUUCUUUUUCGCACCGCCUAUUCCUAGACAGCAGCCUCUAUCAGGCCAAAGGUCUACGGGCGCUUUUGGUUCGAUCCCUAUCAUGCAGUAUCUACCGCAGAGGGCUAUGGCAGACAAGUUAAUGUACCAGUAUUGGCUCGCUGUGCAUCCGCUGUGCCGAAUUGUCCACAGGCCCUCCUUCGAGAGACAGUACGACAUGUUUUGGCGGAACAUGCACAUUGGAAUAGCGUCAAGGAAUUCUUUCAUGGCUCUACUAUUUUCUCUACUCUUCUCUGCUGUAGUCAGCAUGCCUGAGGAUUCUGUCUACGAGACCUACACGGUAGAGAAGCAGCAACUUGUGGAGAACUUUAGAGAAGGAACUGAACUCGCGCUGUCUCAGGCAAAUUUCUUAAGGAGUACACAGUUGGAAACUCUUCAAGCCUUCACUGCCUAUAUGAUCCCCCUGUGCAGAAGUGCAAUCUCACGUGGUCAUGCUGCGUUGACAGGGACUGCCAUUCGUCUCGCCGAAUGUAUGGGUCUUCAUCGUGACGGCUCAAAUUUUGGAAUUUCCCCAGUCGAGACGCAUGUCCGGAGACUCGUGUGGUUUCAACUGUGCGCCUUGGACCUUCGAACGUGCGAGGCUUGCGGGCCCCGACCACAGAUCCGCAUGGACGACUACGAUACGAAGUUCCCCCUGAACGUAGACGAUGCGGAUCUGGAAUCUGCCACACCACCAGUAAAGGAUUCUAACAUGUUCACGGACGUUACAUUGUCCCGCAUUCGAUUCGAAUGCAACGAGAUCCAUCGUAUGUUGUGGUUUGAACGGCCGAAAAUAGGCAAAGGAAAAGUAACAAUUACUUCUCUAUUGGGUAAGUGUGAGAGGUUCAAACAGGCUAUGGAGAAGAAGUACUAUUCCAUGCUGAACCUCCAUCUUCCCUUGCAUUUCAUGACACUGCAAGUCUACAAAAUUCUGUCAUUACGCCUACAUGCUAUGCUACUACAUCGGUACGCAAGUAAUGCCCAACGCGUAAUGCCUGAUAGAUUGCGGAAUAUCAUGAUGAGCUCUGUCACACUGCUGAUGGAACAUGCAAUUACCAUUGAGACAAAUCCUGCUCUCACCCCUUGGUCAUGGUUGAGUGGCGCUAUGCAGCAGUGGCACGUUGCUCUACUUAUGAUGGGCGAGCUGUACGCGAAGCCUCCACCAAAAGCAGAAGAGGAACGUAUCUGGAAGUCACUAGACUAUGCUUUCGAGUUGCCACCCCAUCUAACGCCAAUCGACAAGGUCAAGGUGGUACUAGGCGAUCUUCGUGGGAAGAGUGAGGUGUAUCAGCGCUUGCACCGGAUACAUAUGCCGAAAAUCCGUACUGAGCGGGAGUCUGAAUACGUCAAGAAGAUGGGCGAGAAUGAUCCGAUUCGGCCAUCAGUAUCCCCGCCACCUGCCAUAGUAGGCAUGGCGACACCGACCUUGAAUCGACCGGCCAGUGCGGGAUAUCAUAAUCAAAUACCUACGACAAGUGCAGGGAUGAGCCUUGGAAAUGCGACAGGAGCAAUUGCCCCUACGGACUUUCAAUCUAAUAAUAUGCAUGGCUUUGGCGAGUCUUUUUAUGCCCCACACACAGCACUGUCUCAACAGCCACACCUAGCAGGUAUCAUGAAUUCCCCUCCAGGCUCAGAUGGUAGCGCAAAUCUUCCUGGACAAGUUAUCAGUGGAGGCAGUCCUGGUGGUGAGGUGGUGAUUGAUAUUGAUUGGAAUGAAUGGGAUAAAUUAUUCCCGCAAGCACAAAAUGCUGAUCCAAACAAUAUUAACAUUCCGCCUUUCUCUUUUCCCGAGUCCAUGGGUGGCAACCUGAGCUGGCAAUACCCACCAGGACAAUAUCCACCACAACAAGGAUUCUGAGCUCAAGGCAUGAAUGGUCGCCAGUAUUAUGAUGUGAUAUAUGAUAAAGUUCUAAGCACCUUCCUCGAAAAGGCAGGUUCCGGUUUACUCUAACGGUGGUACUACCUUCUCCAGCCAUGUGCAAAGAUCUCUCAGCUCCCGUGCGUUCGCAGUAUGAGCCAGAUCCUCA